CUGUAUGGACGCUACGCAUCUAGGCUGAUCAUCACUUUAAAACGUGGAUAAGAAAACUUCUGACGUAAAGGUAACAUUUGGUUAACCAGAACAUUUAACAAUAUCAUUUAAGAAAGGAAAAUGGGCGGCGAAGAAGGACUUGGCAUAACUACCGGCCAGCCAAAUCUCUACAAACAAGAUUUGUCGAAAUUGGUUGUUAGUGAAUUAACUGCACUAUCACGACAAGUAAUCAGUAGACAAGCUACAAUUAAUAUAGGUACUAUUGGACAUGUAGCACACGGAAAGUCAACAAUUGUAAAGGCUAUUUCUGGUGUGCAGACUGUUCGUUUUAAGAAUGAAUUAGAAAGAAACAUCACUAUUAAACUUGGAUACGCAAACGCAAAGAUUUACGAAUGCGACAACCCGAAGUGUCCUCGACCUGGACGUUACAUAUCAGGAGGUUCUAGUAAAGACGAUUCUUUUCCUUGUUUGCGUCCAGCUUGUACAGGAAGAUUCCAACUAGUUCGUCAUGUGUCGUUUGUUGAUUGCCCUGGACACGACAUUCUCAUGGCAACUAUGCUUAACGGUGCGGCUGUUAUGGACGCCGCUUUACUUUUAAUUGCGGGUAACGAAUCCUGUCCGCAACCUCAAACGUCGGAACAUUUAGCUGCUAUUGAGAUUAUGAAGCUGAAGCAUAUAGUAAUCUUGCAAAACAAGAUUGACUUAGUAAAAGAAGCUCAAGCAAAGGAGCAAUACGAACAGAUUCUGAAGUUUAUUCAAGGCACGGUCGCGGAAGGUGCACCGAUAAUUCCAAUUUCAGCGCAAUUAAAAUAUAAUAUUGAGGUAUUAUGCGAGUAUAUCACAAAAAAAAUUCCAGUUCCUAUGAGAGAUUUCACAUCGGAACCGCGACUGAUAGUUAUCCGAUCUUUCGAUGUGAAUAAACCGGGUUGUGAGGUGGAUGACUUGAAAGGUGGUGUCGCUGGAGGUAGCAUCCUCAGAGGUGUGUUGAAGGUCGGUAUGGAAAUUGAAGUUCGUCCAGGAUUGGUGUCCAAGGACAGCGAGGGCAAGUUGACUUGCCGUCCAAUAUUUUCGCGUAUCGUGUCUCUGUUUGCUGAACAAAACGAAUUGCAAUUUGCUGUACCGGGUGGUCUAAUUGGUGUUGGAACCAAGAUUGAGCCUACUCUGUGCCGCGCUGAUCGUUUAGUAGGUCAAAUUCUCGGGAGCGUCGGUGCGUUGCCACAAAUAUUCAUUGAACUCGAAAUCUCGUAUUAUCUGCUGAAACGUUUGUUAGGUGUGAGAACCGAAGGCGAUAAAAAGGGCGCAAGGGUACCCAAACUGUCAAGAGGAGAAGUGUUGUUAGUGAAUAUAGGUUCCUUGAGCACCGGUGGCAGAGUAUUGGCUACUCGCGCUGACUUGGCAAAGAUUAGUCUGACAAAUCCGGUGUGUACAGAAAUUGAUGAAAAGAUUGCGUUGUCCAGACGCGUAGAGAAACAUUGGCGUCUGAUCGGAUGGGGGCAGAUUUGCGGCGGCCAGACGAUAGAUCCUAUUUUGGAUCGAUAAUUUCUCGAAACUCUUCUCAAGAUUGCAGUUACUCACACUGGCGUUAGUAUGUCAGCACGGAUUCAACAAAGUAUCUUCUGCCUCUGCUAUCUCACUCUGUUUAUAUAAAAUCUUUUUGUAACUAUUUUAUCGAUUCGCAUGCAUCGUUGCGAUAUUGGAUUUUUUUUUAUGAAAAAAGUUCAAGCCUUAUUUUGUAGUAAAUUAACAUAUUUUAUCGUAUAAUAUCUUAACGUGUAAUAAGACUUUCUUUUUGGAACAAGAAACUGAAGAAGUAAUUGUUUUUAAUUAAUUACUUAGCAUGCGUCGUUGCAAAUGUUGCAAUAGUGGUCAUUGAGUGAACGUUUUUUUCUACAAGAGAAAUAUAUUAAUUUGCCCUUAAAAGAAGUGAUGCGCUAAAAAGCAGUGUCAAUUCAGUUAUACAGUACACUCUCGAUAUUUGCGCGUGGUGGGUGCACGUGGUUGUAUAUUUAUAUAACUGUCACACGACUUUUUUUGCUUUAUUCUUUUUACU